AUGGCAUGGCGAUAUGGCAGCAAGCGUACGGAGCGACUCCUCCUCCUCCUCCUCCUCCUCCUCCUCUCACUCACCCGAUGCUCGCCUCAUCUUCCUGAUGCUCCCUCUCUCCCUCCUCCCCUUCCACCACAGCGCUCCCUUGCCCUUCCCGCCCCCCUGACCCUGACCCUCGCGUCCAGACGGGCUCAGGUACGGGAAGCGAUCCGGCAUGCAUGGAGCGGGUACAUGAAGUAUGGGAGGCUGGGGGAUGACCUGAAGCCUGUGUCUCGGGGGGUGGACAACUGGAUGAACGCGAGGCUGACGCUCUUCGACUCUCUCGACACCUUGUACCUCUCGGGCUGCCAGGACCUGUUUCACGAGGCGGCGCAGCAAGUGCUCGCAGGGGGAGUGCCUGGGGACGCCAUCUUUCCGAGCAAGGUGUUCGAGUAUCACAUCAGGAUCGUGGGAGGUCUUCUCAGCGUUCACUCCCUCACCGGCGAUGCUCGAUUCCUAGACUUGGCGAGCCGAGCAGCAGACAACGUCCUGGAGGCGAUGCAGAACCCAUCGGGCCUGCCGUACAUGCACUUCCGCUUCGUCGAUCGGAAGCGACGGCCGGUGACGUGGCUGGUGAGCAGGACGAUGGACUUCAUCCGGGCCUCCUACGACUCGGCCAUAUGGAGAAACUCCUUGGUGGGCAUCGGGUCCAUGGGCCCGGAGCUCCGCUACUUGACCAGAGAGACGGGAGCGCGGCGGUACGAGGAGGCUGCCGACCGAGUGCUCGCCGAGAUUCAUGCGGCAUGGAAGAAGUUGGGGGGCAGGAACAGCUCGAAGCCUCUGCCGCUAUGGUGGGAUACUCCUCCCCGACUCUCCCGCUCCUACCGCCCCUUGUUCAAUCAGCUGGAAGGCAGCGAGGCGACGCUCGGGAGCGGAGGGGAUUCCUUCUUCGAGUACUUGCUGAAAGAGCAGCUGCUGCAGAGCUCGUCGCGCUCUCAGCUGGUCGACAUGUACGAGUGGCUCACCUCUCGCCUCCUUGACGGACAUGCCAACCAGCUGAUCCGCCGCGUGCAUGGCGUUGACUUCCUCGUCAACCGCCGCUGCGACUAUGAGCACCUCACUUGCUUUGUUCCUGGAAUGCUCGCGCUGGGAGCCUCUCAACUCAAGGGCAACAGGAGCUCUCAGCUGAGCCUGGCGAGGCGGCUCAUGGAGUCCUGUAUCUACCUCUAUCAAGCUUCUCCUACUGGCCUCGCGCCUGACACUGGGAGCGUGUGCGGUGAUCAGUUCACGGCGAACUCACCCGAGUACCUCCUCCGCCCUGAGACCGUCGAGAGUCUGUUCAUCCUCUUCCGAGUCACCAAGGACGGGAGAUACCGCGAGAUCGCCUGGGAAAUCUUUCGCAGCAUCGAGAAAUACUGCAAAGUUGAGUCCGGAGGCUACUCGGGCCUUGUGAACGUCAACGACGUGAAUGGGUCCAAGAAUGACAAUAUGCCUUCCUACUUCAUUGCAGAGACUCUCAAGUACUUGUAUCUGAUCUUCGACGAUGCUGCUGUGUCUUUGGAUGACUUUGUCUUCACGACGGAAGCACACCCCCUAGCAAGGUACAACCGUUGCGACCGACAAGGAGUCAGCAGAUAUCACAGCGAGUGCGUGAGCUCUUCAAUCGACUUGUUCCUCCUGUCACCCGAAAACUUGAUGCUCUUGUUGCUGCUGCUGACUUGUCUGCAUCGUUGCCGAUGUGUCAGUCUUGCCUGGCUCAAGAGGGCGCUGGUUCAGAGGAUACGGUCGUUCUUGAAGCGGAGGAGGCUGGGGAGGCAUCACAUGGUCUAA